AUGACUGGCCAAUCCAAACCAGCGCGCCUCUCUCCAUGGGGAAGCGCUGUCGCCGGCGCGACCGGCGCGGCUCUGGCCAAUGCGAUGGUAUAUCCUCUUGAUAUUGUCAAAACCAAGCUUCAAGUUCAAGUGAAGAGUCGGAAAGGCGAGGCCCAGGAUGAGGGAAAUACACCCCAUUACGAUUCCACUGUUGAUGCAAUCACCAAGAUCUUCCAAGACGAAGGCUUCAGUGGGCUCUACAGUGGAAUUAACGGUGCUCUCAUCGGCGUUGCAUCCACGAAUUUCGCAUACUUCUACUGGUAUUCGGUUGUUCGUGCGUUUUAUAUGGCAUCCGUCCGGUCAUCCACACCCCCUGGCACUGCCGUUGAGUUGUCUCUCGGUGCCGUUGCUGGUGCCGUCGCCCAGAUCUUUACUAUUCCGGUAUCCGUCGUCACCACACGCCAACAAACGCAGUCGAAAGGGGAGAAAAAGGGAUUGCUCGAAACUGGCCGAGAGGUUGUCGAGGGCGAAGACGGUUGGACAGGGCUGUGGAGAGGUCUGAAGGCAAGUUUGGUGCUAGUUGUCAACCCGGCAAUUACAUACGGAGCAUACCAAAGACUCAAAGACGUUUUCUUCCCUGGAAAGACAAAUCUCCGCCCUUGGGAAGCAUUUGCUCUUGGAGCCAUGUCGAAAGCACUGGCAACAAUCGCCACGCAACCUCUGAUCGUCGCUAAGGUCGGUCUUCAAUCGAAGCCUCCUCCAGGCCGCCAAGGGAAGCCGUUUAAGGGCUUCAUCGAGGUCAUGCAGUAUAUCAUUGACCACGAAGGCCCAUUGAGCUUAUUCAAGGGCAUAGGGCCUCAGAUCUUGAAGGGUCUCUUAGUUCAGGGCUUGCUUAUGAUGACUAAGGAACGAAUGGAACUUAUCUUUAUCUUAUUCUUUGCCUACCUUUCAAAAAUCAAAAAGGAACGAUUAAAGAAACUUGCCGAAAGGGCAUCUGCAACCGCUAAGACGAGUCUUCCAGUCACUCUUAAAUGA